AUGAUAAAGCAGCCGGGAAUCGAAAAGAAGUGGUUCAUCACAAAGAACGAAAUGCGCGUGGAAGAAGUGUACCUCUUCAGCAGGCACUCUCCCAUCGGCGAGGGCGCGUUCGGCUGCGUGUACGCAGCCACACACCGGGUAACCGGCAGCCAACGAGCAAUCAAAUCUAUCGAGAAGCAGAAGGUGCUGCACAAGGCCCGGCUGGUCAGUGAGAUCUAGAUCAUGAAGGAACUGGACCACCCCAACAUCAUCCGCCUCUACGAGACUUUCGAGGAUGACCAGCACAUCUACCUGGUGCUGGAGCGCUGCGAGGGGGGCGAGCUGCUCAACUACCUGAUGGAGAAGGACGACGUGCCCGAGGAAGAGGCGGCGCUGAUCUUCAUGCAGAUGGCGCAGGCGGUGUCCUACUGCCACCAGCACGGCAUCGUCCACCGCGACCUCAAGCUCGAGAACUUCCUGCUGCUACAGCCCUACAACCUGCACUCUCUGAAGGUGAUCGACUUCGGGCUCUCCGCGAGCAUAGACUCCUCAAAGACCAAGACCUAUAUGAAGACCAAGGCUGGCACGCCCUACUACGUGGCGCCAGAGGUGCUGGAGGGCCGCUACGACUAGGGCUGCGACAUCUGGUCCCUGGGAGUCAUCCUCUACAUCAUGCUCGCCGGGUAGCCUCCUUUCGAGGGCGAGACCGAGAAAGAGAUCGUCCGCAACGUCAUGAACCGGACCUUCAGCAUCCCCCUACGUGAGAUGGCCAUCAGCGAGCAUGCCAAAGACCUGCUCUAGCGGUGCCUGACUGCCCCCGACCGCCGCAUCCGCACCACCGAGUUGCUGAAGCAUCCCUGGCUGGCCGCCAAGCCCGUGUCGAUCGAGGGCUUCCGAGUGAGUCGCUUCGAAAGCUUCCAGGGCUUCUCGAUCUUCAAGAAACUGGCCCGGUGUUUCAUGGCGAGCCACCUCAGCGAGAAGGAGUUCCAGAACCUGGGCGAGACCUUCAAGGCGCUGGACAAGAACGGGGACGGGUACCUGACGGCGGGUGACGUGCGGCAGGCGCUGCAGAAGAAGGGCUCGCCGGGCAAGUACAAGGCGCUGGAGGGGGUGCUGGACCAGGCCGAGCAGCUGGCAGAUUGGAAGCUGAACUACACUGAGUUCCUGAUGAUCUGCCUGGACGAAAAGACCUACUCCGAGGAUAAGAACCUGCGCAGCCUGUUCCUCACGAUCUCGGGCGGGCAGGACCGAGUCGACACCCGUCUCAUCCGCGAGCUGCUCACCGGCCGAUUCGGGGGGCCCGAGGCCGAUAAGUUCAUCCGCGAGGCGGGCCUCAAGGAGGACGGCCAGGUCACCUACGAGCAGUUCCGCAAGCUGAUCACCGAGUGA